GUUACCGGAGCCGGCUUCGGAGGGGCCGUCCCGGUGCCCGGUUGCCGCUUUCCCUGUGAGUGGCGGCACCGGCGGGGAGAGGGUACGCGGGUGGGUGCCUCGGGGGUCCCGCAGCGGCUCCGGGGCCGCGGAGGUGAGAGGGAAACGGCCCCGACCCCCUGGCCCCGCCACGGUCUAAGAGCCCCGGGGCCGCCGCACCGGGACCAUGCCCGCCCCGGCCGCCCCCGCCGCCGGUGACUGAGCGGGACCCACGGAGGCAGCGGGACCCGGUGGCCGCGAUGCCCCGGUGGAGCCCGCUCGCCCUCGGGCUGCUCGCCGUUUGCCUGUUGGCCGCCCCGGUGCUGGGCUGCGGGCCGGGCCGGGGCCCGGGGGGGCGGCGGCGACCGGGGGGGCGGCGGCAGCAGCUCUCGCCGCUGCUCUACAAGCAGUUCGUGCCCAACGUGCCCGAGCAGACGCUGGGGGCGAGCGGGAAGGCGGAGGGGAAGGUCCUGCGGGGCUCGGAGCGCUUCAGGGACCUGGUGCCCAACUACAACCCCGACAUCAUCUUCAAGGACGAGGAGAACACGGGGGCGGAUCGGCUCAUGACCGAGCGCUGCAAGGAGAGGGUGAACUCGUUGGCCAUCGCGGUGAUGAACAUGUGGCCGGGCGUGAAGCUGCGGGUGACGGAGGGCUGGGACGAGGACGGGCAUCACCUCCCCGAUUCGCUGCACUACGAGGGCCGCGCGCUGGACAUCACCACCUCGGACCGUGACCGCCACAAGUACGGCAUGCUGGCACGCCUGGCCGUCGAGGCCGGCUUCGACUGGGUCUACUACGAAUCCAAGGCGCACAUCCACGUCUCAGUCAAAGCAGAUAACUCCUUGGCCAUUCGCACCGGCGGCUGCUUCCCUGGCCACGCCACCGUCACGCUGCAGAGCGGCGAGCGCCGGGGCUUGGCUGACCUGCGCCGGGGAGACUGGGUGCUGGGCGCCGAGCCGGGCGGGCGCUUGGUCCCCACCGAGGUGCUGCUCUUCCUCGACCGCGACUUGAGUCAACGCGCCUCCUUCGUGGCCAUCGAGACGGCCAGCCCUGCGCGCCGGCUGCUCCUCACGCCAUCCCACCUCGUCUUCACGGCUCGCGGCACGGCCAACGGCACAACCGCCUUCCUGCCCGUCUUCGCCCGCCGCGUGCGCCCCGGCGAUGCGGUGCUGGCCCAUGGGGCCGGCGGGCAGGGGCUGCGCCCCACGCGGGUGCUGCGGGUCUCGCGGGAGGAUGGGGUGGGGGUCUUUGCCCCCCUCACCUCUCACGGGACCUUGUUGGUCAAUGGGGUGCUGGCAUCCUGCUACGCCGUCCUGGAGAGCCAUCGCUGGGCUCACCGCGCCUUCGCGCCCCUUCGCCUCUUCCAUGGGUUCCUCUCGCUGCUGCCCGGCCGUGCCGAGACGGGCAACGGCACAGCACCGGAGGCUGGCAUGCACUGGUACUCACGCCUGCUUUACCGGCUGGCCGGAGGCAUGCUGGGCCACGAGGCGCUGCAGGUAUAGGGGUCCCCAGCCCCCCAAGUCGCCGCACUGCAGACCACGCCGUACACUGGAAAAGGAGGGGGGGGGGGGUCCGCUGGCACCCAGGGAACGGGGACAGCGGCACCCAUGGGGUGGUGGGGAUGGGGUCUCUAUGGAGGGUGUGAUGAUGGGGUGGCCCCUUCCUGUAUCCUGGAGCCCCCCCCAAAGUGCUGCCAGGUC